UCUCAGAUGACUCCAGUCUGCUGUCGCUGGGUGAAGUGCCAUGCUCCCGGGUGGAACCGAAUGCCUGUAUCAAGGAGUGCAUAGAAGGUUACCUGCCCACCUCCCACCCAGAGUCUCCAGAGCAUUCACCCUCCCCUGCAAGGCAUGUCAUCCCUCUCCUACAGGUGGUUUCUGAUCCGGUGAUCAGCUCACAGGACUUCGACGUCAUUCUGCCGUUUUGCUGCCAGGAAGCACCGAUGGCAGACCUGCCCACCACCACCACCUACCUAGAGACAUCCCAGCAGGACGACACUGGAGUGCCCUCACCGACCAUCAACACCCGGGGCAGGUUUCUGUUGAGGCAUGAGAGGACGCCACAAUUUGUCCAGCCGGCCCACAUGUCCUCUGGGCCGUCAGGAGGAGGCGGGGAGAAUACCCUUUACUUUGUUCUGGUUGGAGCUACAUGUUUAGCAGGUGGAGCUUAUGCUUAUAGUACCUUAGUAGGAGAUAGAGAGAGGUAUCAGCAGAGAAUCACAGAGAUUGAAAGCAGAUCCAGUAAACCAGCAGCAGAGCCCUCCACUCCUGCAAAAACACAGCCUGAGACUGCAGCACAAGCAGUGUCAGAACCAACAGAAGUGAUCACUGAUCAGGGCAUGGGCGAUGUGGAGGGUGUCCACCCACCUGUGGUAGAAGAAUCAGCGCCCCCUAAUGAGACCACAGCAGAAGUCCUAACAGAGCCUGUUUCUGAAGCAGUUGUGGAACCUUCCAUUGCUGAACCUGUUCAAGAGGAGGCUCCUGUUCCUGAACCUGCAGCUGAACUGGUCACUGAAGCUCCAGCUCCAGAAGCUGUCCCAGAACCCCCUGUUGCAGAGCCAUGCUUAGCAGAACCUGUAGUGGAGGAAGUAACACCGGAAGCACCCGUCCUUGAAGCAGCUCCAGAACUUGUAGUGGCUUCUGAAGCUCCGGCCCCAGAGACACCUGCCUCUGAAGCGCCGGCCCCUGAAGAACCGGCCCCGGAGGCAGCUGCCUCGCAAGAACCGGACUCUGGAGCACCCACUCCUGAAGCACCGGCCCCAGAGGCACCUGUUCCGGAAGUCUCCGCCCCUGAAGCAGCUCUAGAAGAGUCUGCACCAGAAAUUGUCCCAGAACCCCCAGUGGCGGAACAUCUUGUUGCAGAAGAGCCUGUAACUGAAGCCCUUGUUACUGAAGCAGUUUCUGCUGAACCUCUUCCAGCAGCUGAGGCAGAAAUCGUGCCUGAGACUCCACCAGUAACCCAAAGUGCUUCUGAGCCUGCGUCUGCUGCUGCUUCCACUGCUGUAGAACCUACACACGCCCCCUACCUCUUGAUCGGUGGAGGUACUGCAUCGUUUGCAGCUGCAAGAUCCAUUCGUGCUCGUGAUCCUGGAGCCAGGGUUUUGAUUGUGACAGAAGAAGAUGAUCUGCCAUACAUGAGGCCUCCUCUCUCUAAAGAGCUUUGGUUCUCUGAUGAUCCCACGGUCACAGAAACGUUGCGCUUCAAGCAAUGGAAUGGCAAGGAGAGAAGUAUUUAUUUCCAGCCUUCCUCGUUCUAUGUGAGCCCCACUGAGCUGGAGUCAGUGGAGAAUGGAGGCGUGGCUGUGCUGACCGGCAGGAAGGUGAUGCAUAUGGAUGUCAGGGGAAAUAAGGUUAAACUGAGCGACGGUACAGAGAUCUCCUACGACAAGUGCCUCAUUGCCACAGGUGGAAUUCCCAGAAAUCUUCAGGUAAUUGAGAGAGCAGGUGAUGAGGUUAUGAAGAGGACGACGCUCUUUAGGAAGAUCGAGGAUUUCAAAGCGCUGGAGAAAGUGUCACGCGAGCUGAAGUCAAUCACCAUCAUCGGAGGGGGCUUUCUGGGCAGUGAACUGGCCUGCGCCUUGGGCAGAAGAUCUGCUGACCUCGGCCUGGAGGUGGUCCAGAUGUUUCCGGAGAAGGGGAAUAUGGGAAAAGUUCUACCUGAAUACCUGAGCAACUGGACCACAGACAAAGUCAAAAAAGAGGGUGUGAAGGUGCUGACUGAGGCUGUGGUGAAGAACGUGACCUACAAGGAGGGAAAAGUGGAGAUUAAGCUGAAGGACGGCAGAGUGGUGAAGACGGACCACGUUGUAGCAGCAGUGGGUCUGGAGCCCAGUGUUGAGUUGGCUAAAUCGGCUGGGUUGGAGAUCGACUCGGAUUUCGGAGGAUUCCGAGUCAACGCUGAGCUGCAGGCACGCUCCAACAUCUGGGUGGCGGGGGAUGCAGCGUGUUUCUAUGACAUCAAGCUGGGCCGGAGGCGGGUGGAGCAUCAUGAUCAUGCGGUGGUCAGUGGCCGACUGGCUGGAGAAAAUAUGACCGGAGCCAGAAAACCCUACUGGCACCAGUCCAUGUUCUGGAGUGACCUAGGCCCCGAUGUAGGAUAUGAAGCUAUUGGGAUAGUGGACAGUAGUCUCCCCACUGUAGGAGUGUUCGCCAAAGCCACUGCCAAGGACACACCCAAAGCAGCAACCGAGCAAUCAGGUACGGGUAUCCGAUCAGAGAGUGAGACAGAGGCAGUUGCCGGGUCAGUCGCUGUUGGAAAGGCGGCCCCAACCCCUCCUCCACAGCAGAAGGAGGAUUAUGGGAAAGGCGUGAUUUUCUACCUGAGGGAUAAAGUUGUGGUGGGCAUUGUCCUGUGGAAUGUCUUUAACAGAAUGCCCAUCGCAAGGAAGAUCAUUAAAGAUGGAGAGGAGCAUGCUGAUCUGAACGAGGUGGCCAAGCUGUUCAACAUUCACGAAGAAUAAAACAGCUGGACAAAAAACACAAGCACUGGAUGGUCCAACCUGCCAUCUCCACUUUGGCCUUGAACUCUCUCUAGAACUGCAGUUCUGCUUCCAGGCCUGGUGGUAGCAGUGCAGCCACAGUGUGCUCAUGGACUUGUCAACUUAGUACUGUUCACAGUCUGCUGAGGGGGGAGCAACCCUCCCCCUGUUAUUUGUAUGGAAACAUUCUGUACAUGUUUUCUAUCGAGGUCUGUAAAUGUACGUUUAAAUGAAAUCUAUGAAUGCUUAAUGCCUCCUACAAUCCUAGUCCGACACUUUUCUGUGUAUUGUAAUGAUUUAUUACAGCCCUAAUCAGGACCUGUUCAAUCGUAGCCACUACAGGACUCGUUCUGAAUUCAGCAACACACUAAAAUGUUCUUUCGUCUGAAUGUGGUGGUGGUGUUUGAAAGAUUUAGUUGUUGUACUCUGAGGGAUCCUGCCUGUUGCUGCAGUUCUGAAUUGGAUUUUAGAAAGGAUUGAGAAAAAAACUGCACAGAUUCAUCCCUUGUUCCACUGGAGCCCAAUUUGUCCUCAUGUUUGCAAGAUCAAAAAAAGCUGAUAAAAUAUUGAUCAAAAUAAAUUAUUUUUAAACAUU